AUGGAGAAACUGGCCAAGUUCCCGUCCCGGGGCGCCUUUGCGCCGGGCCAGCCGCAGCCUCCGCAUCAAGCGGACGACGACGAAGAAGAAGAAGACGAAGAGGAGGACGAGGACUGCUACGCCGAGCUGCUGGCGCAAGGCUUGCUGGACGAGGCGCCCCAGGCCGCCUCGCUGCCCGGAGGACAGCGCCGCGGGGCCCACGAGCCGGGGCUCCGCGCGGGGAUCAAGGCAGAAAUUCAUUUUAGCCGUGAACCCCUUUCCUUGGAAGAGGAAGAUGGAAAGAGCCAUGAAAGUAAGAUAAAAUCUCUGAACAAACACUCGCCUCCGAAGAAAACAAUCACUCAGAUGAUGAAGGAUAAGAAGAAGCAGACGCAGCUCACCUUGCAAUGGUUGGAAGAGAAUUAUAUUGUAUGUGAAGGAGUUUGUUUGCCAAGGUGCAUCCUCUAUGCACAUUACCUGGACUUCUGCAGGAAGGAGAAACUUGAACCUGCCUGUGCUGCCACAUUUGGGAAGACUAUUCGUCAGAAAUUUCCUCUUCUCACCACAAGGCGGCUGGGAACCAGAGGCCACUCAAAAUAUCACUAUUAUGGAAUUGGUAUUAAAGAAAGCAGUGCAUACUAUCACUCAGUGUAUUCUGGAAAAGGUUUGACAAGGUUUUCUGGAAGCAAGCUGAAGAAUGAGGGUGGAUUCACUCGGAAAUAUUCACUGAGCUCCAAAACUGGGACUCUCCUUCCAGAAUUUCCCAGCGCCCAACACCUUGUACUGGACGGGAGCAUCUCCAAAGACAAGGUUGAUACCCUUAUCAUGAUGUACAAAACCCAUUGUCAGUGUGUCCUCGACAAUGCCAUUAAUGGAAACUUUGAAGAGAUCCAACAUUUCUUAUUACAUUUUUGGCAAGGAAUGCCCGACCACCUCCUCCCCCUGCUUGAAAACCCUGUGAUCAUUGACAUCUUCUGUGUUUGCGACUCAAUACUAUACAAGGUCCUUACAGAUGUACUCAUCCCUGCAACUAUGCAAGAAAUGCCAGAAAGUUUGUUGGCUGAUAUAAGAAGUUUUGCUAAAAACUGGGAACACUGGAUUGUUUCAUCACUAGAAAAUCUACCAGAAGACCUUGCAAUAAAGAAAUUACCCACAGCACGAAGAUUUGUAUCUUCGCUGAAGCGUCAAACCUCCUUUCUGCACUUAGCUCAGAUUGCUCGACCAGCUCUUUUUGAUCAACAUAUAGUGAACGCCAUGGUUGCUGAUAUUGAGAAAGUAGAUCUGCACAGCAUUGGAUCUCAGGCAUUGCUCACAGUCUCAGGGAGCAUGGUUUCUGAGGGAGAGGGCUACGUUGAAUAUGACUCUAUUACAGUGUUUCAAGAACUGAAGGACCUUUUAAAGAAGAAUGCCACUGUGGAGUCCUUUAUUGAAUGGCUGGAUACUGUGGUUGAGCAAAGGGUUAUCAAGGCAAGUAAGCAGAAUGGUCGAUCCCUAAAGAAGAGGGCACAAGACUUUCUUCUCAAAUGGAGCUUUUUUGGAGCUCGAGUAAUGCACACUCUCACUUUGAACAACGCAUCAAGUUUUGGUUCAUUUCAUCUGGUCCGCAUGCUUUUAGACGAAUACAUCUUGCUUGCUAUGGAGACCCAGUUUAACAACGACAAAGAACAAGAACUCCAGAAUCUGUUGGACAAGUAUAUGAAGAAUCUGGAUGCCAGUAAAGCUACUUUUACUGCAUCCCCGAGCUCUUGCUUCCUAGCAAACCGCAACAAGGCUGGUACACUUUCCAGUGAUGCUUCUGUGAAAAAUGAAUGCCUAGUGGAGCAAGCCUAUUUCUCUCUGCCAACCAAUCAGCACAGUGGCAUGUCCUCUGGUCUGAAUCCUUUCUCCAUGGGGAACCCUGAAAAUGUGCAGCUAACAGGUCAAACAGAGCUCUCUCAAAGCACGGGUCAUCUCAUGACUCCGCCCAUAUCUCCAGCCAUGGUUGGCCGAGGAAGCGUCAUCAACCAGGGACCGAUGGCAGGCAGGCCUCCAAGUGUAGGUCCACCGCUGUCAUCUCAUUCCCACUGUGCUUCUUAUCCGGAGCCCCUGUACCAGACUGUGCCACAAACCAACCAAAACUUUUAUGGAGUCAGUGCUGGUUACCCGGUCAUGUUCAGGACCCAGACUCACUCAUCUUCUGCACCCUAUCAGCACAGGGCAGAGGCCAGCCAUUUUGCAGCCAGCAAUGAGCAGCAGCGCUUCUCCAGAGACUACUUCAGCAGCAGCUGUGCUGUAUCUCCAUACAGCACAAGGUCACCCCCUAACUAUGGGUCCUCUUCAACAGUACAGGAGGCACAUGGCAUGCAAUUUCUGAACAGUGGGAGCUACAACUUUAUGAGCAGUCCAGCAGCUAGCUCUGGUCAAGGAUCGUCAUAUUCCUCAAAUGCUUCCAAUGGGUUCUAUGGGAAUAAUAUAAAUUACCCAGAAUCCCAUCGACUCGGGUCAAUGGUGGAUCAGCAUGUUUCGGUCAUCAGCAGCAUCAGCAGCAUUAGACCACUGCCUCCAUACAAUGACAUUCAUGAUCCACUUAGCAUCUUAGAGGAUGCUGGAAGGAAACAGGGAGCAUCAUAUUAUGGAGAUGCCUCAAUAGCCUGUCAGAACCCGCUAACUUCAGAUCUGCAGCCUGCUAUAUCUGCAUCCUCCUCCCAAUGUAUGUAUGGACAUUCUAGACAAUGCCCUUCGCAGGAAGCAAUGGACUCUUCUGGGCAAGGUAAUAGUGAGAUGGUCUCCACCUUGCCACCAAUCAAUACUGUUUUCAUGGGAACUGCUGCUGGAGGCACCUGACUUCCAGAAGUGGCUGCACCCCAUCUUCAGUCCCAGGACUUGAUGGCGAACAGGAAUGAAAAAGUAUUACACAUCAUUUUUUAAGACUACCAAGAAGAUUUUACGAUGCACUGAAAAAGCAACUACAGCUGGUUGCAGAGUCCAUCCUGUCU